AUGGCAGGUGAUUUGAACUUAAAGAAGUCCUGGAAUCCACAACUUGUCAAGAACCAACAGAAGGUUUGGCAACAAGAACAAGAAAAGUUAGAUGAAUUUAAAAAAAUCAAAGAAUUGAAUCAAGAAUUUAAAUCAGAACAAGAAUAUAUUGAUUUAUUAAAAUUACAAUAUGGUGAUAAUUUCAAACUUGAAGAACUCAACAAGUCUCAAAAACUAAAGCUAUCUAAGUUAAAUUGGAUGUAUGAUGAUGUCCCAUUUGAAAAUCAACAAGAGGAAGAAGAAACUAAAAAUGAGAGUGGAUUUAUUGAAAGUAAUUUAGAAUUUAAUGAAGGAAAGGAGAAAAUUGAAACAAUGUUAAAUGCUAGUCAAUCAUUUGCUAAAACAAAAGUAAAAGAUUCUCAAAGUGACAGAAUAAAUAAAAUUAUUGGGAUGGGAAAUGGGGUGAAAGCAAAGAAUGUUAAUCAUUCCUUAGAUGAUCCAUUAAUGAAGAUAAAACUUCAACAGAAACAGGUACAACGGUCGACAUUAAAGAGAAAGCAUGAAGAUGGAGAUUCAGAUUCCAGAGAAUUGAAGCAUAGGAAGAAGCAUAACGAAAGUUCUCAUUCGCGUGAUCGAUCAACCCAUGGUUCAUCACAUAAAGAAGACAGAAAAGAAAGGCACGAAGGUGAACACUCGGACCGUCACAGAAGACAUAGGUCAAGUCGAGACACUAGUUCAGAUGGACGAAGGAGUCAUAGGAGUAGCCAUUCAAAGCCUCAUGGAUCCACUUCAAAAUCACAUCGUGACAAGGAAAGAGAGCAGCCGCUUAUGCAUAGUUCCAGUAUGCAUAGACAUGGCCAGACUUCACGGGAAAGGACAGGGAACGAUAGAAAACAGAAUCCUCAAUACUAG